CCGAACCGAACGUCUGCAUACCGAUCGUUCGUUUUUUAAACGCGUCCGUCGGUGCACGCCUUCCAUGUGUGCGUACCGCCUCUGUGUGCGCUCCCGCUCGGCGUUUCGUAGUGUGCAGUUCAAUCGCGCUUCGCGACCAAGUCGGGUGUAUUUACGUCGCUCCGAUUAUCAAAAUAAUGACCAGUGUACAUUUUACGAGCUUCGCGAGUGCAUAGUGUGUGAUAAUAAUGUAACGUGCGUGUUGUGAUUGUGUUUUGGUGGAUUUUCGCCAUGCGCUCUUUUAGAUACAUCCCGGCACGAAAUCAAACGGAACACCUCACCAUUAGCUUAAGUUCGACCUGAAAGUUAUCUGUGAUCUCAGUAGUUAAGACAAUCGCCUAAGUAGCCUAAGCGUCGAAACUGUAGACUUAUGGUGAUCCGGCUCGAAGGACCAUUUUCGUAGUGGCACACGAAAUGGGGGCGUAGUGUUUGUGAUGGAUGACAGAUAGUUUGGGUGUUUGGGAUGGGAUAAUGGGAGCUGGGGCUAGUAUAUGAAAAUGCCGCAUGCGCACUCGAGCUCCGCAGCGAGCUCUGGCGGUGACGACCUGGGCUCCACUGAUGAGGUCAAAGUGUUUAAGGACGAAGGCGACGGAGAGGACGAGAAGAGAAGCUCCGAGAACCUUCUGGAAGAGAAGUCUAGUCUUAUCGAUUGGACUGAGAGUGAGGAAAAGUCUGGCGAGCCUUACUCCGGUAAACUUUCGGUGAAGUCGGAUUUAAGUCCUGUUUUCGGUAAAUUCGAGCCACACCCAGCGGCAAGUUUCAACAUGGGCUACCUGAUGGCUCCCUACCCUUACCCCAACGGUGGGGCCCAUCCACUCCCCGUCUCAAUGGUAAGUAUUCAUCUUUAUCUAACUUCACACAAGGUGGACAGACGAGUAGUAGGUAGCAAAAAGGCGAUGGAUGCUGACCGCUACCAACCGUAA